CUCCAGCUCAGCAUGGCUCGGGCACUGGGAGUACCCGCGGUACUGGGGCUGUUGGGCCUGUGCUGGUCACUGGCCAUCGCCCACCCUGUUGCUUCGACUAGUGCCCCUGGGAACGAAGCUGAAGGUGGGAAUGGGACCAGACCAGACCCAGACGUCCUUGAACGAUGUUCCGAUGGCUGGGGCUUUGACGCUGCCACCCUGGAUGACAGUGGAACCAUACUGUAUUUUAAAGGGGAGUUCGUGUGGAAGGGUCACAAAUGGGUCCGAGCGUCGAUCUCAGAGCAGUGGAAGAAUGUCACCGGCCCUGUGGAUGCUGCAUUCCGACGUGAUCACAACAGGGUCUUUCUGAUUAAGGGAGACAAAGUCUGGGUGUUCCCUCCUGAGAAGGAGAAAGUGUAUCCAAAGCUGCUCCAAGAGGAGUUUCCUGGAAUCCCAGCCCCACUGGAUGCGGCUGUGGAAUGCCACCGCGGAGAAUGCCCAGAGGAGGGUGUUCUCUUCUUUCAAGGUAACCACAAGUGGUUCUGGGACUUUACGACGGGAACCAAAAAGGAGCGACUCUGGCCGGCUGUGGGGAACUGCACCUCUGCCCUGCGAUGGCUUGGCCGCUACUACUGCUUCCAGGGUAACCAAUUCUUCCGUUUCAACCCUGUCACCGGAGAGGUGCCUCCUGGAUAUCCUCGGGAUGCCCGAGACUACUUCAUGCCCUGCCCUGGGAGAGGCCAUGGCUCUGGACACAGGAAUGGGACCAGCCAUGCCCAAAUACCUCGGCCCUGUGACCCAGAUGUUGUCUUAUCUGCAUUGGUGUCUGACAUCCAUGGGGCCAUGUAUGCCUUCAGCGGAUCCUACUAUUGGCGCCUGGACUCCAGAAAAGAUGGAUGGCAUACCUGGCCCAUUGCUCACCAGUGGGCCCAGGGCCCUUCCACAGUGGAUGCUGCCUUUUCCUGGGAGGACAAACUCUAUCUGAUUGAGGGCACCCAAGUGUAUGUCUUCUUGACGAAGGGAGGUUAUACCUUAGUAAGUGGUUAUCCAAAGAGGCUGGAGAAGGAACUUGGGAGCCCUGUUGGGAUGAGCUUGGAUGCUGUCGAUGCAGCCUUUACCUGCCCUGGAUCUUCUCGGCUCUACAUCACAGCAGGACGGCGGCUGUGGUGGCUGGACCUGACAUUAGGAUCUCAAGCCACGUGGACGGAGCUCCUUUGGCCUCAUGAGAAGGUUGAUGGGGCCCUAUGUGUGGAACAGUCCCUCGGCAUCAACUCAUGUUCUGCCGAUGGUCCCAGCUUGUACCUCAUUCAUGGUCCCAAUAUUUACUGCUAUAGUGACGUGGACAAACUGAAUGCAGCCAAGACCCUGCCCCAGCCCCAAAAAGUGAUCCACCUCUUUAGCUGCCAUCACAUAGUGUCCUGAAGCUAGUCUAGCUCCGGGUGUACCUCCAGUUUCUGCACAAUAAAGCCAGCGUGCUGAUUCGCUCGA